GGGUACCCGGGAGACCCGGCCGUGCGGAAUCACUUCCUCCGGGAGACGCCGUUUCCUAGCAACCGCCUCCCACCACCGCCUUUAGUCCCGCCCCCUUAGCGUUGGCUGCUCUGUGUCGGACCUGGCAGGCCGGGCCGAAGACAGAUUCCUCCCUCUCGGGGAGUCCCAGGAGCAGAGUGAAAUAUUUCUGUUACCUAUUCUCCAUAUUGUAAAGUUGAGACAAAAUCCAGUAGUAUGUCUGAUGAAGUUUUUAGCACCACUUUGGCAUAUACUAAGAGUCCAAAGGUCACCAAAAGAACUAGUUUCCAGGAUGAACUAAUAAAAGCAAUUACUGCUCGCUCGGCCAGACAGAGGAGCUGGGAAUACUCAGAUGACUUUGACAGCGAUGAGAUUGUCUCCUUAGGUGAUUAUUCUGACACUUCAAUCGAUGAAAAUUCAGUUAAGAAAAAACUGAAUGAUUUCCAUAUAUCAGAUGAUGAAAGCAAUUCUCCAAAACAAUCAUUUUUGAAAACCAAGAGAUCAAACAGUGUCAUAAUAAAAGAUGAGCCAAUAUUCCCUGUGAAAAAUGAUGGGGAAAUGGCACUUGAUACUUGUGAAGCCAUGGCAGUAAAGUCUUUAUCUGAAUCCCAAAACCAAGAACAGGAAAUUGAAAAGAAGACCAUUGAGAUGAAACCCAAGCCUAGAAUUCUUCCAAUCAAAAGCAUAUCUUCAGCAGAAUACAGCAGCAGCCUUGAAGCAGAUAACCACUUUAAACCUUCACCUCGGCCACGGAGUUUAUUGGUGAAGCAUAGCCACAGGGAGGAGAAAGAUGGGCCAGGAGAAGAGAAGGAAACUGAAGAACCAGAGGCCCGCUCAGUACCUCUGCCUCUCCCAAGACUGAACGGCAGAACUCUCACAGCUGAGAAAAAAGCCUCCCGUGAAAACCUGGACUCUGAGGAUGCCUGGUUAACAAGUCUAUCGAUAUCAUCUCCCAAAGAAAGUCUUGAAGAUUCUCUUUCACCAGGAUUUGAAGAGAAAUCAUCUAUAAAAGAUCAGAAUGAAGAGGUCACUGAAAAUCAGAAUUCCUUAAAAUCAAGCGCAAAUGAAGAGAAUUCACUCUUGAUAGAUGCUGCUGCUACUACUGCACCUGAGAAAUCCAGUGCCAGUCAGUUGGCUUCUGGUGACCUUGAAGAAGAAAAGGAGAAAACUGCUCUGAUUAUAAAUGAUCACUUAACAGCUGAUGCACCACUCAAGAAAUCUCAGAGUAUCUUGCUAUCUCCCAGUCCAACGGAAUCGACAAAGAAAACAAUUGAAGAUAGAAAUAUGAAGAAUAAAAAAACAACAAAUAAUAGAGUAUCCAGUGCAUCUGGCAGAUUGAUGACCUCUGAAUUUUUAAAGAAAUCUAGCUCUGGAAGGAGAACUCCAUUGACAACUACCUCUUCUCAAUAUCUGGGAACUUUGAAAGUCUUGGACCAAAAGCCCUCACAGAAACAUAACUUAGAACCUGACAGAGCAGAUAGCCUUAGGGCAGCUGUUUAUCAGGAAUGGUUAGAAAAGAAAAAUGUCUAUUUGCAUGAAAUGCACAGAAUAAAAAGGAUUGAAAGCGAAAACCUAAGGAUCCAAAAUGAACAGAAAAGAGCCGCUAAGAAAGAAGAAGCAUUAGCAUCAUUUGAAGCUUGGAAGGCUAUGAAGGAAAAGGAAGCAAGGAGAACUGCUGCCCAGAAAAGACUCGAGGAAAAAAAUAAGAAGAAAACUGAAGAAGAAAAUGCAGCGAGAAAAGGAGAAGCACUACAAGCCUUUGAAAAGUGGAAAGAGAAAAAGAUGGAAUAUUUUAAAGAGAAAAAUAAGAAGGAGAAAGAAUCUGAAAGAGCAAAGAAGAAGAAAGAAGAAGAAAGUGUUGCCGAGAAAAGGAAAGAUAACUUAACUGCUGUUGAGAAAUGGAAUGAAAAAAAAGAAGCUUUUUUUAAGGAAAAGGAAAAAGAGAAAAUCAAUGAGAAAAGAAAAGAAGAGCUGAAAAGAGCAGAGAAAAAAGAUAAAGACAAGCAAGCAAUUGACGAAUAUGACAGGUGGCUGGAAAAGAAAGAAAAGCAGGAAAGAAGUGAACGAAGACAAAAGAAACGCCGCUCCUUUCUUGAAAAUGAGACACAUCCUCCAUGGAACCCCCCCAGCAGAACUGUCUUCUCAAAAGUGUUUUGAUAAUUUUUAACUAUCUGUUACUUAUCAAUUUACCAAUUUGCCAUGGGCUUAAGGGUAUUUAUUGAAUUGUUCAAUAGGGAGAAGAGUCUGUUGUAAGUAAAUGCCAGCACUUCUACUGAC